AUGAUAGCGGCUGAAAGCAUAAAAGCCAGCCAUGAAUCCUCACCUCUCAUCUCCGUCUCAUCAUCAGAGCCCUCCUUCUCACGGUAUCUCUCCCUCACUUCAAUUUCCUCCCAAAAAAGCCUUCUCGACCUCGAAGCCAUGACCAAGAACACUUCUGAAAGGCAUUCCAAGCCUAUGGUGCUGCUCGGCAGCGCCGGUCUUGCCCUCCUCCUCAUCUGCCUCUGUGCCUUCAGCAGCAAUGCAAGCGCUGCUUCGUUCGCAAGGUCCCUGAUCGGCCUCGACAAGGAGGCCAACUGUCUCGAGUCUCGAGCAGUCUCUUCGUCCUACGCCUACCAGCGAAUGAUCGCUAACAUUGGAGGAGUUAGCAGCUCUGCUGGAGGUAACCAGGUUCCUGGCGUUCAUUCUGGCAGUGUGAUUGCUUCUCCAUCCACUGUCGGACCCGACUACUUUUACAGUUGGGUGCGUGACGCUGCUCUCAUCAUCAAGGUCGUCAUUUCGCAGCCUACCCUUGACCGUACAUUGCUGACCAACUACGCCAAUGCCGAGAAGGUCCACCAGCAGAACGCUGCCAGGUCCAGCUCGAGCCAGGGCGAGCCCAAGUUCAACGUCGAUGGCUCUCUCUUCACUGGUCCGUGGGGACGCCCGCAGAACGACGGUCCAGCUCUCAGGGCUUCGUCUCUUAUGGCCUUUGCUAAGCGUAUCGGUCUCAACGACCCUUUCACCACCGGUACCCUUUAUCAGGCUAACCUGAACGGUGGCAGCAUUAUCAAAAACGAUCUUGAGUAUGUCGCCCACAACUGGCAAAGCCCUUCGUUCGAUCUCUGGGAGGAGGUCCAAGGCACUCAUUUCUUCAACCUGAUGGUCCAGUACCGCUGCUUGAUCGAUGGUGCUAAAUUUGCAAUUUCGAUGAACGACCCUGGAGCCGCCACUUACUACAACCAACAGGCAACUGCUAUCAAGUCCAAGCUCCAAUCUUUCUGGGACUCGAGCAAUGGCUACAUUCAGGCCUAUCAAGAUGUCAGUGGUCGAUCUGGGCUUGACUGCUCUGUCAUGCUGGGCGCUCUUAAGGGCUGGGACACAACCAACAGCACUGCUGCUGUCGACGCGACCGUUUUCGGUCCCGGCUCGGACAAGGUCCUCGCCACACACAAGAAGUACGUCGACUCGUUCCGUUCCCUCUACUCUAUCAACAAGAACGCUGCUGCUCCUGCUGCUGUGGGCACUGGUCGCUACAGAGAGGAUACGUACAAUGGCGACAGCACCUCGCAGGGCAACCCAUGGUACAUCUGUACCCUCGCUGCUGCCGAGGUGCUCAACACCGCUGUCUCGGUUGCCAACUCUCGAGGCAGCCUCUCGGUCACUUCGACCUCCCUUCCCUUCUACAGACAGUUCUCUUCGUCGGCUGCUGCUGGCACCUUCAGCUCUGGUUCCAGCCAGUACAAUGCUCUCACCUCCCGUAUGAAGGCCAUGGCCAACGGCUUCGUCGACAUUGUCAACUCCCACUCCUGGCCCAAUGGAUCGCUUAACGAGCAGUUCAACAGGGACACUGGCUUCAACCAGGGUGCCAGAGAUCUCACUUGGAGCUACGCUGCCUUUAUCUCCAACGACCUUGCCUCGCAGGGCAAGUUCCUCUACAUUUGA